GGUUAGGACUUGCGACCAACAGCAUCUCAGCUGAUCAGACGGGGGAUUCUACCGAAACGCACGGGCGCACGCAAUUGGUCAUUUGUUAAUCAGCCUGUCGGUAGCAGUACGGGAGUAGAUGCAUAAUAAAGCACACCAAAGUGAAAGAGAGCAAUAACACACACACAAAGAGAACGAAAGAGAGAGGCCAAGCUAGGAUGGCCCUGCUCCUGCUUCUCCACGUCCUAUUGGUCGCAGCGGCGGCGAGAGCUCCGGCGGCUCAGGCGUGGGGCGUGGAGGGCCACUACAUGGUCUGCAAGAUCGCCGAUGGUUUCCUGACGAGCGAGGCGUUGGCGGCGGUGAAGGCGCUCCUGCCGGCGUCCGCCAACGGCGAACUCGCGGAGGUGUGCUCGUGGCCGGACACCGAGCGGCCCCGGAUCCGGUGGUCGGCGCCCCUGCACUUCGCCGACACUCCCGGAGACUGCAAGUUCAGCUACGCCAGGGACUGCCACGGCACGAAAGGGGAGAAGGACAUGUGCGUGGUGGGAGCGAUCAACAACUACACCGCCUCGCUGCAAGACUCGUCCAGCCCCUACAACCUGACGGAGAGCCUGAUGUUCCUGUCCCACUUCGUCGGCGACGUCCACCAGCCCAUGCAUUGCGGCCGCACCAGCGACUUCGGCGGCAACACCAUCCUUGUCACCUGGUACAACACCACCAAGACCAACCUGCACAAGGUGUGGGAUGAUAAGGUAAUCCAAACGGCCAUGAACAAGUUCUACAACGACGACCUCAGCACCAUGAUCAAGGCCAUCAAGCUCAACCUCACUGAGGACUGGGCCAGUGAAGAGAACGAGUGGGCGGCAACGACUUAUCCCGACAAAUACGCACAGGAGAGUGCGGAGCUGUCGUGCGACGCAUAUGUGGGUGUUGAGCAACAAUCCAACUUAGAAGACGAGUACUUCUUCUCGGCGCUGCCGGUUGUUCAGAAGAGGAUUGCCCAGGGAGGCGUGAGGCUAGCUGCGAUCCUAAACCGGAUCUUCAGUGGGAAAUCCGACUUCAAAGCAGCUGAUCAUACCAAUAGAAUUAAGGAAGAAGGGGUGAAAGGGAUUAGCCUGCAUUAUGAAGUACAAUAAGACUGUCUUGUCUGACUGUAUUAAGCAUCACGACUGUCGUCGAGUCCAGUGUUUCUUGGAUGUCAUGAAAUGAUCAGUGGCAAAACUUAGGUGAUUAGUGUCAACGAAUAUUGAAGAGUUAUCUAACACUACAAGGAGGAAACUGAGCUGGAUAGACUGACAUGGUGUGUGGGAUAUUAUUUAUGACUUUUGACGAGCACGAGCUAGUUAACGUGCAGCCUUUUAUAAAGUCUAUCCGCAUAAGUGCGCGGGCCAA